UGAUGGGUCCCAGACAGCAGUUCGAGACCUUGAGAGGCUUUAAUCACUGACUCAUGGUCGGCAGCAUUCCAGAUUCCUUGCGCAGCUUCCAUGAAUAGAAGUACAUUCAAAUACCUUGCCAGAAAUAACGCAAGCAUCUGCAUAUAAAGUGCCAACAACCUUCCCCCAAGAACACUGCAUACUCACUCUUGGCUAAACGAAACAAGGCUCAUACUCAGAACUUCUGCAAAAAGUUUGGAGCUACAUCCACCAUGACUGAGCGCCGAAUUCCAUUCACACUGUUACGCACCCCCAGCUGGGACCCUUUUCGAGAUUGGUAUCGCCAGGGCAGCCGCCUGUUCGACCAAUCGUUCGGGAUGCCAGCUUUGCCAGAGGACUGGUGGUACCGCUGGCCCAGCACUACCUGGCCGGGAUACCUGCGUUCCUCUCUUGGUGUACCUGAUCCCUUGGUGGAACCCCGAAGCCCGCUGCCAGUAGCCGCUGGGGCUGCUCUUACCCCUCCACCUGCCGCCGCAGCCCCUAUUGACCCUACGUCGUACAGUCGAGCCCUGAGCCGCCAGCUGAGUAGUGGCAUCUCGGAGAUCACACAAACAGCCGAUCGCUGGAAGGUCAGCCUGGAUGUCAGUCACUUUGCCCCAGAAGAGUUAGUGGUCAAAACUAAGGAUGGAGUCGUGGAAAUUACCGGUAAACAUGAAGAGAAACAAGACGAACAUGGUUUCAUUUCAAGAUGUUUUACAAGAAAAUAUAAGCUUCCUGCUGGUGUGGAUUCUGCAACGGUGGCUUCUUCCCUGGCCCCAGAUGGUGUCCUGACUGUGGAAGCGCCUUUGCCUAAACCAGCCAUCCAGUCCUCAGAAGUUACCAUUCCUGUCAAAUUUGAAUCGACAGCUCAGAUUGCUGGACCAGAAUCAAAGAAACCAGGAGAAGCAAAAAAAUGAACAGCUAGAAAGCAGUUUCUUAUAAAUAUUUCUAAACAACUGUAAUAUUUUAUAGUACCAUUUCACAAAUACUGUUAUUUUUACUCUGUGCAUUAGUAUAUCUGUUUUGAAUAAAACAAAUUUAUCAUU